GCUUCUCGUGAUCUCGCGCAGUAGUGGUAGUGUUUAUUUACGUUCGCCAUCACAACGUCUGAUUAAUUGAUCGCGAAUUUGUGCGGGUCGGAAGAUUGCUGCGACGUCUUCUCGUUUACGUCGAGUAUCUGUCAAUACUUGUCGCAUGAAAGUGAAUCGCCGUGCGAAAAGGAGACAGGAGAAGAAUCACAUCGGUGACGAGAAACACUUAUAAUUCCUCGCUACGUGUGCGCGCCAUCGUUGCGCGCUUUUGCGUUAUAUGUCGUCAUCGUCAUCGCUCUCGACGUUCUAACCUGUCGUCGCGCCGCCAAACGCUUUGUUGUGAUUGAUUCCGGAUCGACAACCUGUCGUCGCGCCACUUGUCGAACCCGAUGCUGCGCUGAAGGUAGCUUCUAACAGCGAGACGCGGCAGAUAUGGGCGACGAGGACGACGACGUGCUGCCGGCGCGCUUGCAAAGGCUCGAGAUUGAUCGUCGCUCGAGGAGUUGCCCGUACAUCCUGACAGACAAAUUUGAUCAGACCAGGAUGAAUCUCAACAAUAUGAAAAAGUAUGCUAUUGACGGUUACUACUGCAUAACUUUAAGAAAGUCCAGCAGGCCUAACAUUUUCUCAAUUAGUCCGAAAGGUAUCAAGAGUACAACGAAUUUCAAACCGUCUAAGAAUGAGAGAACGAAAGUGGAGAAGACGAGAAAAAACAUAAUCCUCAGAGAAGCCAUUCUAAAAUUAAACGCUCCCGGCAGCAGCGGUCCUAGUGAUAACACAGUAGACACGCUAUUCGAGAACACGUGUAGGCUUUGUAUUCCCAGUAAAAUUCCCAAAUUGAUCGACCAUCAUGCAGUCAUGAAGGAUCUCAAGUCGCUGAGGAUCAGUAAAGACUGCAGACAGGCCAAGGACGACACCAGCAUUCAAGAUGACGAUUGCGAUGUCGCCCCCGGCACUUUUCAGCGCGCUCGCAGUAACACGAUGCCGAAUCUGAAAAGAGGUCCUGGUCCAGGUGGCGGGGAACAACAAGGAGCAAUCACUAGCAACAACAACGGACAAUCAGACGGUGGUGGCGCGUCCGGACAACAACAGUUAUCGAGUUCAUCGAAUACUUGUUCGAUCCAGGCGCGAAUAUCGCCACCGUCAUCGAGCGACGUCACAAUCGGCGAGCUCGCCGCUUACUUUGAGGAAUUCGUGCAUAUUCCGAGAAAAAUGUCACCGAUGGCGGAAAUGAUGUACACUUAAUAUCUCGUGCUACAUAAACAUGUACCAGAUGCAGACUUUGCGUACGCAGUUAUUCACGGCUGUGUAUACUUCACUCUCUACAUACGACAUUAUGUUUGUUUAUUGUAUCUGUUCAUCACGUGUUCUAAUUUAAUUAUCUAAAUUAUUUUUUAAUAUAUAUAUACAU